AUGUCUAACUCGCAACCUUCUGAUGCGCGCGCUGCGCUUAUGGAAUCAGUUUUCUCGCGUUACUCGCAGGCGAGUCCGGGGGCAGUAUCCCCAGGUUCUCUAUUGCGGAGACCAAGCCGCAAUUUCAAUGCGCAGGACUCUGCUAGCCACCGAAAGCAAGCAGCUAGCCCUAGCAAGCGUAAGGCGCGCGAAGACAAGAUUGGCUUGCUAAUUCGGGGCAGAACCAUCUAUAGUCCGAAGGCCGACCCCGCUACACAUUCGGCUCCCAAGACAAGCAGCCUGCGGAAGUCGAUGAAGCCAACCGCUUCCUCCCGCCAUCCCUUUGGAACUAAUACGCCAUCGGAAGAGAAAUUGAUGCCUCUGGAUAUUCUACAACGGAUGGAUGCCGAGGAAGAUAAUCAAAAGAAGGACCCACGUGUCUUGACGGGAGGUGCCUUUACACCGAUGUACCAGGCGCAUUACAGGGACGGGUCUGUCUGGAUGGGCGUCCCUGAGUCUGAUGCGCACUGCAGUACGCCGGAACGGAGGAGAGACAGUGUAGAAAGCAUGCCCUCGAACAUGGAUAUGGAGUACUGGCCACCUCACUGGAAUGCUCCGAUAUUCAACUCAGGAGUGGGUGACUUGGAGGCGAUGUUUGAGAUGUGCAUCAAAGACGAGGAGUGUUUGGAAGGGGCUAUGUGA